ACUAUACCUGUUCUGUCUCCGCUUCCAGAGACAUUUACUUUUCUUGCCAGGGGAAAUACUGUACUGUUUCACAAUUUGUUUUGUUUGAUUUCCAUUUCAGAACCCAGGAGAGUAUUAUUCGAAGAUUGUUUUAAAAUGACCAGACCGUUCAUUGUCUUCUUUUUUGUGGCCCUUGCUGGAAUUAGUAUAACAUUCAGUUUUGCGAGCCCUCCGGCUGACACCAUUACAGACUUUGCUUUGGAUCUACACCGGUCAAUUCAAUUAGAUUACAUGGGAGAGAACAUCAUUUUUUCCCCACUCGGCGUUUCUUUGAUUCUUGGAAUGAUAAGGCUGGGAGCAAGUGGUGCAACUCGACAUCAGAUACAAAGAGCAUUAAAACUGCAGGGAAAUCAAGAAAGUGAAGAGUUUCCUGGGCUACAGCCUCUUCUUGCAGUCAUCUCGGAGGAAAAUAAAGAAUUUACAUUUAAUCUUGUGAAUGCCCUCUACCUUCAAGAAGGAUUCCGCGUGAAGGAAAAGUAUCUCCAUAGCAACAAGAAAUUCUUCAAGAGUGCAAUAAAGUCGGUGAAUUUUCAAGAUGCAAAGGCAUCUGCUGAAACAAUAAGUGCUUGGGUAGAAAUGCAAACAAAUGGAAAAAUUAAAAAACUUUUUUCAAGUGAAGACAUUGGUCCUCUAACAAAAAUGAUUUUGGUCAACGCAAUUUAUUUCAAAGGAGACUGGAAACAUAAAUUUGACCCAGAAGCCAGUAAUACCAAAGAGUUUAGAGUGAAGAAAGGAGUGACAGCAAAGGUACCAAUGAUGCAUCUUCGAACCACAACAAAGCUUGGAUAUUUUUCAACAAAGAACUUAAACUACAAAGUUUUGGAACUGCCUUAUAAAGGUGAUGCUUUAAGCUUAAUGCUAGCACUUCCUUCAGAAAACGUGGAAAUAGAGUACCUGGAGAAAUUAAUGAAUCACGAUGUCCUAAAAGGCUGGUAUACAGAUAUGAGCAACCACGAGGUAGAAAUUAGCUUACCGAGGUUUAAAAUAGAACAUGAAGUUGACUUGAAAAAAACCCUUCUUAAUUUAAAUGUUACAGACAUAUUCAGUCAAAAUUGUGAUCUUUCAGGAAUAACAGAUGUCCCCAACAUACUUAUUUCAAAGGUGGUGCAGAAAGUUUCCAUUGAAAUAAAUGAAGAAGGGAGUGAAACGUCUGCUGCAACAGGAAUGCAAGCAUCGGCAAUGAGCAUGACCAAUCACAGCUUUGUGGCAGAUCGUCCUUUCUUGUUUUUAAUUAAACACAAUGAAUCAGGAUCAGUUCUGUUCAUGGGAAAGGUGACAAAUCCUGAUGAGAGCAAUGCCAAAGGACGGGAUGUGGAAUCAUUAUAAAUAGAAUUAUAGGCAAGCUCUCCAAUGAUUGUUUGCUCUGGUGAAAUAUAGCUUUACUUGCAUUUAAAUUGGAACUGUCAUCAUUUUGUCUCUUGCCUCAUUAAAGUUGUCUUCUGAUAA